AUGGAACUUCGCCGACAUAUCUUGCCAUCUAAUUACCCAUCUCAAGACAUUUCACUGGACGACUCUUCCUCGAGGGAUAGACAACCUCUCGCGGAUUCAGCUGGCAACGCCCAGCUUCACACUCUGGCUUCCAUAGGUCUAAAUCAUGAUAGCAAAGGAUUUCUUCCUCGCUUGGACAGGCCCUUGUAUGCUAUUCCCACAGUGCCAUCACAACCUGCACGACUGCCAAUAGGAAAUACUCUUGAACUUCGUCGCCAGCACACACGAAGACGACGCCAUAUGAGGUACAGCAGGAAUCCCAUUGUGGACUCCCCGCAAUACCAAGCGUAUCGUGCUCGACAGAAUCGGGAUGGUAAUGCUGACGACCUCAAAUGGCCUGCGAUCUUAGAACUUGCUUUCCUUGAUGUUCAUCGUUUAUUUCCACCAAAGCACGGCCCUAGGAAUGGGUUUGAAGAUUCUUUCAAGAACGAUCCAUGCCUGAAAGCUCUCUCCGAGGGCCGCUUGCCAAACAAAAGCUAUGACCAGUACGAUAAUAUAAAUCACCUCAUUGCAAGCAGUCACGAACCAGUUCGACCCGUUGAAUUCUGGCUCUUGAUGUCUUCUAUACUUAAUUUCCGUGCAGGGGAUAUGAACAAUGAAGCAGCAGUAGCACACAAGUUUACCAACAUCGGUGCACAGAAACAUCGAGACAAGCUAGAGUCUGUCUUAGGUUGGCGCCAAAAGUUUCCUCAACUAUAUCAACUUGAUUCCAUUGGCGAACUUAACUGCGACAUUAUCCAUAUGGAUGCCACCCUUAGUCUCCUGGCUACUGAGCCUCCACCAGGAUCUGAACUCGUCAGUCAAUCUAUUCUGUCCAUUCUAGGCAGACAACCAGAUCAUUGCGCUUGGCGAAUGGUCACGACUUUACACAAACCACCCGAACUAUAUCGCGAUCCACUGACAGACGAACGACUCGAGAACGAAGCUUCUUCCGUAGAUGUUAUAUCAAAAACAGAUGUGGAGACCAGAAUCAAAGCAUCUUUCCCAAUCUUCCAUUGGGCGCACGCUUUCAGCUGCUUGGUCGGAAUUCAAGCCCAAUACGAUGAACACCAGAGGAGUUUACAAUCAUAUGGGACAAGUUCAGAACCCUCAUCCAGGCCAGCUCGCGAAUAUGUGGAGCAGGUAUCAAUGUAUCAAGAAGUACAAAAUGCUGCAGGUCCAGGCAUGCCAUUCAUACGACGAGCAGUUAUCAUUUGGACAUUUCAUCAGGCAAGAGAAGGGGAAGGCAAUGGUACAAACUGGCGAUAUCUCGAUCCUCCGCCUUGCCGAAGGAUGUGUAUGUCUCCAUCACCUCAUCCGUCUCAUCAUGUAUCUUCUGCCAUGAACGAAAACUUCAAUUCUUGGGCCGAUGGGCCAUUGCAUCUUCAGCAGUCUAUGCUGGAUCCAUUUGUACAGGGUCUCGCAACCCCGCCACACACAGCUGGUCUACAGCCACCCUUUGGUGCAUCUCCGUAUCCAUUCUCGGGCUCCAGUUAUGACAUUCCGGUCGAGAAUCUGAGCUUUGGCUCAACAUCGACUGUUGACAGUGAGAAUACACUAGUUGACCCGGAUGCAUCAUCGAAUAUCGACCAUUUCCUCUCCAAUGUCAACAUGGCAGAUUACAGCCAGGACGCAAGCACCUGGCAACUACCAACCACCGAAAACUUCGACGCCGACCCAGCUUGGGCGAACUAUACAGUGCCUUCUAGCACGCCAGCUGGUGGCUGGGAUGAGGCAAAAAAUGCACCCUGGCCAGAUCUUCCUGACACGAAGCACAUGAAUCGGACGGAUGAUGCGAGCUCGAAGCACGAUUGGACCGAGCCAGGUAGUCCAAGCAAGCACAUGAGCUACAUCGAGCAGAACAUCGAACAGAAACUCUUACCAUGGAUCGAAGGUCAUCGAAAUGGCGACACAGAAACCACUGAGCCCGUUCUGCAAGACCUCAUCACGGAGCCGCUUCAAGAAGUAGACAUCAACGCCGCGACGCAGACACCCAAACCUACCACCGAAGAAUGGAUUGACCCCGACGAUGAGUUUGAUUAUGCGGGAUUAGUAGAGAGGCUGAAGUGA